UGGGAGUAUUGCAUCAGACUGCAGGUUUGGUGAGCUUCUAGUGGUUCACUUGUGCUUGUGUUGGUCAGUUGGUGUAGUUUGCUAGCAGCCAAGCUAGCUUUAGACACUGUCAACACAGAAGCUAGCAUGAUUUUGAAAUUAGUUUUAGAUGUGGUUUUGCUCCUGUCUGUAUGGCCGACUGCAGGGUGUAACUUUCUUAUGGAAGGAGUUCUUCAAAUGGAGUGUCAUGAUCGUUCGCUCAUGAUAGCUUUGGACCUCUCAGUCACUGGAAGUAAUCCUCGCUUUGAGGCUGUUGAUGGAACCGGUGCUUAUCUCCUCACUGAUGAAUAUGCAGCAAAGUGUGGUUACAGUAUCACCAUUCUCUCUUUCCUGGGCUUUGUUGAGCUCCGAGCUUCUUACUUCAGCUGUCACACUGAGAAUAAAGGUGACAACUUAUUUUUCAAACUUAACUUGAUUACAAACUACAAUGGGGUGGAGUCCGUCUAURCACUGAACAAGUCUUGUUCUCGCCCUCUGCUUUGGUCUCCUAGAGAGGUUGUUUGUGAGGUCAACUACAUGGAGGUGUCUGUGAGGAGUGAAUUUCCCUGCUCUUCUGGGACAAAUGACUGGAACUCUCUAAAACCUGCAUCCAGCACCUCAGACUGGCAGGUGGCGUUUCAAAACAUGGACGAGCAGCUGCCACCCAUGAGCCUCUCCAAGGCUCGUGAGCUGGCCUACAUGUUUGACCUGAAGUAUGGUCGGCUUGUGUUUCGAACGCCAUACGGACAACACGAAUCYUACAGGACUAGGAUGAAUGGCGUUCCAGUAGAGGUGGUCCACGCAACAGUGUUCUCCAGGAAAAGUUGGGUCGUCCUCAUGGUUGACCUGGUUGCUGCCUGCUCCAUGCAUGAAGGAUCGUAUGACGAUGGCUACAUGGUCUGGAAGACUCCAGAAGCAUUGUACUCCAGUCACAACAGAACCAAAGUCAGUGUAGGCCUCAACGGUCAUCUGAUGGAGCCAGCAGUUGCAGAGCRAAAUGGAUUUAUUAUGCAAAGGCAAAACUCCACAAUUGAAAUUAACCUGCCUUAUAAUGCUGAAGGAGGAUUCAGAAAGAGCUUCGUGAGCGGCGGCAUCUUCGAGUUCUACAUAAUCAACCUGCACUUGAAGCAAAGUCUUGUUGAUGAACAUCAGGAGGAGACCRCUCUCCGAUUUCACAGGACCCUUGUUUCUCCUCUACUGCCUUGCCCACUCAUCACUGAAGACCGAACUGUCAAAGCAGAAGGGGUGUUCACCAUUUACCUUGAAGUCCCUGAAGACGUUCAGCUGACUUCCAUCCAGCUGAACGGCAGAGCAUUCAAAGUGCCAUUUGACAACCAUGCAUAUGUUCUUGCAGAAAUCAUUCACUUGAACAACACCCACAGCUACACUUURAAAGUGCCUCUGUGGGAUCCAGUUGUCGUACAGCAGUUUUCUAAAGAGAAUUCAGCCAUGUUUCACAAGCUGGAUGUCAACUUUACUCUUGUUGCUGUACCAGAGAAUGAGCCAUACUACCACACCAUUUCAGUCAUGGUCCUAAUGGAUGUCUCUCCUCCGUCCUUUAGCACUACUUGUAAUACAUCUGGAAUCAGCUUUGAGUUGGCCUAUCGGUCUUAUGACUACCUGUGGGAUAUCGGCAUUGGCCCAGACCAACUGACACUGGAGCUGGCAGCCAAGCGUGGCUACAUCAUGAGCAAUGACAGCCGUAGUCUGCAGCUGUAUGUGCCACUUUUCACUCAAGGAUAUGAAUACAAGGAAAUAUCUCUUAAAGGAUUCCUUGGUACAUUUGAGGUCCUUGUGAAGUCUCAUGGUACAUCGAAAAUCUUAACUUCAACAACAAAGACAUGUCUGUUUAAUGCAACAAAWCUAAUUGUGUGUUCUACCAAUGGUUGGGUGACUGUGGUGGCCGACCUGUCCCAUGUCCUCCCAAGUGGUAAAAUCCCAACAGGAACUCAUCUCUCAAAUGACCUUUGUCUGGCCAAGGAAACGGAUGGCACCAGGGUGCUCUACUCAUUUCCACUGAACAGCUGUGGAUCUGUAGUUAAGCUGUCAACAGKGAAUGUAGUUUAUCAAAACAAGAUUUACUACUACUUCGGCAUGGCUAAUUCUACUGAAGGGCUGACUCUGCAGUGUACAUACCCUCUGACCGGUCUCUACAGCCUCUUCUCAACAUACAUAUUUGACGCUGAGAAAGACGGUGUUGGCAAAAUCAUCUAUCCAACAGACGAUACAAAAGUCAUGCCUAGUUCUACUGUUUCCCCUGCUAAAACCACAGCAACUCAAAGAACCAGAAGCCCUAAUCUCUACCUGCCCUCCUUCUACCCGACUGCUCGCUACAUCAAGGUUUAUAGGACUCAUGGCCUGCUGGGUUCCUACAAAAGCACAAAAGAAAGUGAAAGCAACACAUUUCAAUCUUAAAUGUUUAACUUGUAAAACAAAUAAAGCUGUUUUAAACUUA